GCCGUCAAGGGACAAGCUAUAGCCGAUCAUUUGGCAGAAAAUUCAAAGGACGAUGAUUAUCAACCGCUCCAUACCUAUUUCCUUGAUGAGGAGGUUUUAUUUGUUGGUGCCGUAGAAGAUAUGAGUGAGCGGUGCCCUAAAUGGAGAUUGUUUUUCGAUGGUGCAGCUAAUUCUUUUGGAGUCGGAAUAGGAGCAGUUCUUGUAUCCCCGGAAGGGAAGCAUUAUCCUGGAGCCGCUAAAUUGCAAUUUGCUUGCACAAACAACAUGGCCGAGUAUGAAGCAUGUAUUUUUGGUCUUAAAAUGGCUUUGGAAAUGGAAGUUAAAAAGUUAAUAGCCUUCAGUGAUUCAGAUUUACUCGUGCACCAAACAUUGAAACAAUGGGUAACCAAAGAUUCAAAGAUUCUACCAUACCACUGUAAUUUGCUCAAAUUGGCUAGACAACUUCAAAGUUUGGAAUUCAGACAUCUCCCACGAGCCCGAAAUGUAUUUGCCGAUGCCUUAGCCACCUUAUCUUCUAUGAUACAAUAUUUGGACGAAUUAGAAAUCGAGCCUAUCCGAAUUCAACUCCAAGACAAGCCUGCUCAUUGUUGGGUCGUAGACAAAACAUCUGACAAAAGCCCUUGGUACAAUGAUGUUAAAGAAUUCAUCAAAAUCGGGUCUUACCCUCCAGAAGCUAGUGCAAAUGACAAGGGUUUCCUGCGCAGAAUGGCCUCGAAGUUUUUCUUAAAUGGAGAGGUAUUAUACAAAAGGAUCUCAGAUUUGAACCUCUUAAGGUGCAUCGGUGAAGAUGAAGCUCAAUACAUGAUGAAAGAGGUGCAUAGCGGUGUCUGCAGACCUCACAUGAAUGGACAUUUGUUGGCAAAGAAAAUCAUGAGAACCGGGUAUUUUUGGCUUACAAUGGAACGCGAUUGCAUAGAUUUUGUCCGAAGAUGUAUUAAAUGUCAAGUGCAUGGCGACAUCAUACACGCUCCUUCCACCGAAUUGCCCAGUAUGAUUGCCACAUGGCCCUGCUCGAUGUGGGGUAUGGAUGUGAUUGGCACAAUUGACCCUCCUGCUUCAAAUGGGCAUCGAUUUAUAUUGGUGGAAAUUGAGUACUUCACCAAGUGGAUCGAAGCAGAAUCAUUCAAGCACGUGACAAAGAAGGUGGUGGCGAAUUUCUUUAGAGAUCACAUCAUAUGCCGAUUUGGGGUGCCGGAAACAUUGAUUACAGACAAUGCCAAGAAUCUCAACAAUGAUAUGGUGGACGGGCUGUGCGAAUAG